CUUGCCGAAGGCCCUCGUCGGUACCUCUUCCAUUGUCCUCGGAGGAGGCGUCGCGAUGAACGGCUUCGGUUCGCACCAAGGUCGCCACCUUAGGUCGCGUCGCGAGUAUUCGCGACCUCGAGGGUCGCCGACGGUACCUCGGCGUCGAGUGAGAUGGCUUCUGCUCGACGACGGCGAGCCGGAAUCCCGUACCUUGCCCCGCGUCGCGUUUUGGCCUCGAGUGUCGUCGAUGUCCUCGAUACCUCCUCGGGUACCGUUCGACGAGGGUCCAUGUCGAGACUCUGCGUCGCCUCUCACGUUGUCGAGUGUCGCCAGUCGGUCGUAGGCCUCGGCACGAGCUAGAGGUGGGACUGGAACUUUGUCGGGCCAUGGUUGUUCUCCUGGUGCGACGUCGAGUAGUCUGGUCUUGCCAUUUGGGAUGGAUGCAAUGCCUCGUGUACGUUGCAACCAUGGCCUCCGCGAGUGCCUCGAGGUAGACCUUUCCUAAAGAGGGAGUUUGGAUCGACCAUUCUACGUGCCACUGGAUCUUCUGACACCAAACAUAUACCGGGAUGUCGCGGGACUAUGACAGCAAACGAAGAGGAGCUAGUAGCAGUGGUGCAGGCGCCGGCAGUAGCAGCAGUACGACCAGCAAGCUACGAAUGGAUUCAAAUUCGUCUCAAACAAGGGCGCACGAGAGAGGAGAGAGUUCGGGGAAGAGACGAGAACUAGAUUGCAUGAUGCGCAAGGCAAGGGAAUCUCAGUCCAGUUAUUGGAACAAAAAGCUCCUAGAGGUCGAAGAAAGGGAUCCUAACAGAUGGCGUCACAGCGGAUACAAGGAGCUUUAUGUGGGAGGAGCGACUUCCAGCGAGGCCAGCAGAGGACAUCCUCGUAGUCCUAGGAGUCCCAGGCCACGUAGUCCUCACAGCCCUCGACCCAGGAGUCCUCGACCUCGAAGUCCUCGAUCUCCGCGCGAGCGAACUCGAGAGUCAACUCGCGACAACAGAGCUCGACCAGCUCGCAGCCCAAGUACCGGAAGUACUUGCUCCGACAAGUCGUGUUCCGUGUGUUCACCCAAGGAGCGUCGUCGGGUCGCGGCUCCUUCACGGUCGCGGUCGAGAUCGAUUACGCCGGUUCGAUCUCGAGGUCAUCCAAAGGAUGUCACGCCGUCCAGUUCCCGAGCGCCUCCACCUCGUGGCAGACCUCGGUCUCCACCUUUGCCUCGACCGAGGACCCCUCCUCCGGCUCCGCAGCCUCCACCGAGACAUCACAAAGACUACAAGGCUGUUAAGGAGAAGGAAACCACGAAAGCACGACGUAAGGAAAAACAUCACAGCAGAAUUCCAGAGGAUCCACGAAUUCCGGAUCCUGUUCCUGUGAUGCGCAAAGCUGUAAAAGUAGAAAAGAUACACACAAAUCAUGGACCGCCACCCAUGCUGCGACCACCGCCGGAUUCGUCGCCCAGUGAUGACAGCGAUAGCUCAUCGAAUGCUUCUCAUGUAGGGCCUCCAAGGAUGACGUUGUCUGAAAGAUUUGGCAAGAUGGCUCAGUGGAGCGUAGACCGCAGAGACAUGGAAAACAUGAGGAUUACAAAGGAUGGUCAAAAUGCCAUGAAAGUAGUGAUAGAAGGCGAAGAAAGAAUCGCUCGUUUAGGUUAUGACUCGCCACCUCCAGGGCACUAUCCUGAAUCUCUGAUGUCGCAGGGCCCCAGAGGGUUGGAAUGUUGGGACGAUGUCCGGGUUCGCUACGAUUAUUAUAAGGCUAGAGGUUAUCUGCGGGAUCUUACUUUAGACGACUACAUAAAGUGGGAAGAAUGGUGGUACAAGUACCAGGAGUGGUUAGAAGCGGAAAGGUUCUACGAGCAAUGGGCCAACUCGAGUCGUUCCACAUCGGCAACUGGCGGAGGCGGAAGUGGAAGUGGUCGCAAGAGACGUGGUCGACGCAACAACAGUGCUCAUUAGGUUUUAAGUGCCAAGAGCUAUCAUUGUCGGCUGAACACUUUGGCAACGCAAGUGACAUUCGUAAUUUAACUACCAUCGAAGUACAACUUUAUAAGUUUGUUUGGUAACUAGACUAUGAAUGUAGUUGGUGCUGCAGAUCUUUGCAGCAUUAAACUCCACUAUGCCGAGAUGGUUACGAUGUACUCUAAACGAUGUGUUGUGCUUAGGCGUGGUUUAUGCUAUCAGAAAAAACUAUGUAUACGCGCUAUAUACAUCGCAAUAAAAUAUAUGACAGUGCUAUAGUUUCAGCUUGUAAGGGAUAUUCAAAUAUUGAUUUGAUUCAAGUGUUAAGUAGACGUUUAUUUUCAUGAAUUUUCAGUAAAACUUGUCAAAAGCUA